CCGAUCCAAUUGGUACCCGAACCAUCCAGUAUCCAUCACCUGGUAUCAGUAUUCAUCCAUUAUUUCUUCCAGAAGGCUGGGUCGGAUAUCCACCUGGUGCGGAUGAAAUUGCCUGCCCUAAACCAUCGUCUAUCUCCCACUACGCUUCUCCAGCUCAGAUCUCUCAAGCAUAAAUCAGCGAACCCAUCCGUCGUCUCUCAGCUUCCUCGGCUCUCUCACGCUCUGUAACAGAGGAGGAUGAAUCCGUUGAAGAUGGCGAUGACUACUUUGCAACGUGAAGGGAGGCGUUUGGCCGCCGCUCCAUUUCCUUCUCCCACCCCUCUCAAUGCCUUCCGCUCUUCCCUUGGCUCUCCUUCCGAGGAGGUAUGCUUAUCUGGAGUCCGCUUUAUUUCUACUCAAGUUGUUAGGAAUCGGAUGAAGAGUGUUAAAAACAUUCAAAAAAUCACAAAAGCAAUGAAGAUGGUUGCAGCUUCUAAGCUUCGAGCUGUUCAGAGUAGAACUGAAAAUUCACGUGGCCUCUGGCAGCCAUUCUCUGUUCUUCUUGGUGACACUCCAAGUGUUGAUGUGAAGAAGAAUGUUAUCAUUACCAUUUCUUCAGACAAAGGUCUUUGUGGUGGAAUCAACUCUACAUCAGUCAAGACAAGCCGGAACAUUCACAAGUUGAAUUCUGGUCCUGAGAAGGAAAACAAGUAUGUAAUUCUGGGAGAGAAGGCGAAGGCUCAGCUGUUGAGAGAUUCUAAGAAAGAUAUUCACCUGGUUAUGACUGAGCUGCAAAAGAAUCCUCUCAACUAUACACAGGUUUCUGUGGUAGCUGAUGAGAUACUUAAAAAUGUAGAGUUUGAUGCUCUGAGAAUUGUUUUCAACAAGUUCCAAUCAGUCGUCUCAUUCUUACCAACCAUGUCUACUGUAUUAUCACCUGAGGUGACUGCACUUAACCUUGUUUGGCAUUGGACCCCCUCUUAUAUCCAAAUAAAGCUCGUUAGGAGUUGAUAUGCUUGUUUGUUACAUCUGUUUUCUAUUGUAGGCGGUUGAGAGAGAGUCUGAAUCUGGAGGGAAGCUUGGGGAUUUGGAUUCUUAUGAAAUUGAAGGUGCCGAGUCCAAGUCAGAAAUCCUUCAGAAUCUUACAGAGUUCCAAUUUUCAUGUGUAUGUG